UGCUACGUUAUCGCAUAUAGCACGCAAUAGUAGACUGACGCUAAGAGAAGAAACACGUUUUAUUCGGAAUAAAUUUUCAUUUUGGUUCUUGUUUACGUGAAGUGGAAGGAAAACAAUGAAUCCAAUUCGAUGCAAGGCUGUUAGUGGCGGAAAGGUUGGCCACAAGUGCAAAUGCAAGCCAAAGUGUUCACAAAUCACGGUGAAGGAAGAAAUCAAAGAAGAGCCGAAUGAUACGAUUCAGUACUCACCACCAACAUCGCCAAUUGGAACGAGUGCCACCAUCAAAUCGGAGAGCGAGAGUGACGACGACUGUUUGCACAACGAUGUCAAGGAUGAAAUCAAAUGUGAAGAUGAAUGUGCAAAGAAGGAAUGCGGCACAGCAAACGAUGAUGGCGAAGGUGGAAUCGAUGAUAAUGGUCCAGUUGACGCUAAUGCCGAAAAUCCAUCACGUAAUGAUAUGCCGAGCACAUCAAAUGGCAAUAGAAAGAAGCCAAAAGGUGCAAAGAAAGUGCGCAAGGGCAAAACAUCAAAGAAAUCAAAGGUCGCACCACAAUUGAAGAAGCACAAGUGCCAA